UGCCCUUCUCCUUACUAUUCUCUCUCAUCACUAACUGUUCUAGUCUUUCUUCAUUCCUCACUUCCUCUUUAUCGCCUCUAAACACCCUGUGCAGCAUCUACACGGCAACAACACUAGUACAUCAUGCCUGCAUACCACUCUGCGUUCAACGAAGUAUCAGACCUCCGCUCUGUGGGAGGUAUGGGCCUUUUGCCAAUCAAGACUCGCAUCCGUGGACCUGCCCCUAUUGCCGACCCCAAUGAUGAGGAUAUCAUUGAUGAAGCCCUCAACUUGUUCCGCGCCAACGUCCUGUUCAGGAACUUCGAAAUCAAAGGCGAUGCAGACCGUGUUUUGAUCUACCUCAUCCUUUUCAUCACAGAGUGCCUGGGCAAGUUGGCAAGAAGCCCUUCCUUGAGAGAGGCGGAGAAGAUCCUCGGCACAUUGGCAUUGAGCAACUUUGCCAUCCCUGGAGAUGCGACUUUCCCUCUCAAUGCACUUUACCCAGCCCCUAGCAACAAGAUGGAUGCCGACCUUCUGCGCCAGUAUUUGUCUCAAUUGCGCCAAGAGAUGGCUGUGCGACUCCCCAACCGUAUUUAUGAGAACGAUAAGCCAGGAAAAUGGUGGAUGUGCUUCCAGAAGAGAAAAUUCAUGAACAAGUCGUUGUAAUGGGAUAUGCCAAGGAAGGAACUCAGCCGGGACCUCCAGUAGAAUGUCGUUGAAGCCAUUUUGAAAAGAAUACAAUAAACGGAGGCUAUCGUCGCGCAAAACAAAAAUAAAGGCACAUUCUGAGCCUCUCUUUGUUCGAUGCAA